AUGGGACUGCUCCUAUCAUAUAUUGACUGCCGUGGAGCUACACUCCAUUGCGUCGAUGGACGCGAUCCCAAGUAUUCCAAGCUUCGACAAAGAUGGUUCGACCAACUUUCGGACCUGCUGAAACGCCUCCAUUCACAUGGCAUCGUAUUGGGGGCAGCCAACGUGCUGAUUGACGCCAACGACGACGAAUAUCUGGUUGAUUUUGGAGGAGGUUAUACUCCAGGCCGGGUCGAGAAGAAAACGGCCAACUCGAUCGCCGGAGAUCUCCAGGGACUCGAAAGCAUUAAGCGGCAUCUCUUUUGCCUAAACUCAGGAACUUCCUUUUAUAUAAACCGAUUCGCCAGUGAGAUCACGGCUGUCCGCUCUCUGGACGGCAAAGGAGGACGACCUGCGAGCUGUGCUAUGUAUAGCUCUCCCUGCCGCCACGCAGGCACAAGCGAGAAAGAGGGCAUAAGCAGCGCUCGGAGUAACCGUAACAGCAGCAUCCAGCGUACAGAGUACAGCAGUCAAGCCGUGCCAGUCGAGGACGAAAAACGCGCCCCCCUCCCUAUCCCUAUCCCUCGCUCCCAUCUUCCGUCUUCCGUCUCCCGUCUCCUAUCUCUUGAUCUCCAUCUCUCGACCCACCAGACAGGAGAUAGUCGAAGCAGCCCUUCCCAUCUUGGCCUCCUCUCGCUCUUCUCCCUUCUCUUCUCCCUUCCCAUCCCCGUCUCUCUCGUCCACCACCACACGACCACCACAGCUGCCACCGUUGUCACCGACGCUGCCACGACCAGGAAGCACUCAGGCCCCUACGACUGCCCGUCUCCCUCUCCCGGCCGACGCGAGGACCCAAUCGUCCAACCCGGCCAUCGUCCGCCGUCGACCGUCGACGGUGCGCAUCGCGACACCUCUCUUCCAGCCUCUCUCACAAUGCCACCAGCCUACGAACUGCGAUCCGGGGGCGACGGACGAAGGACACGACAGAACCUGGCAGAGCUCAAGCUGCGCCGUCUCGCCGAGGUCAACAUACGGCUCAAGGAGGAUCUCGACAGGCCGCGUAUAAAAGUUGCCGAAGCGUCCAUCUCGCUUAUAAACUACUGCAACAACACAAAGGAUUUCAUGGUGCCGUCUGUAUGGGGACAGGUCGAUAAACGCGAUGACCCCUAUGCGCCACAGCAGUCAGGAGGGUGCUGCAUAGUGAUGUGA